AUGAAGAGGAAGCCCGUGGUGAUCUGCUGCAGCGUGCUGCUCGCCCUCAUCCUCGUCCUCGCCAUCGUCUUCGUCGCGCUCUACUUCACCGUGUUCCGGCCGCGCCCGCCGCACGUGGUGGCGACGGUGGUGAGCACGACGUUUACUCAAUUCGACGUGGCCUCCGCCCCGCCCAAGGUCAACAUGAGCUUGGGCGUGGACGUGACCGUGAAGAACCCCAACUACGCGGCGUUCCGUUACGGCGACGUGGUGACGGAGCUGACGUACUACGGCUCGCCUGUGGGGCAGUCGGUGGUGCUCGCGGGGGAGGUCGGCGCGCGAACGACGCAGACCGUCGGCGGGACGGUGGUGUUGCAGGCGGACAAGGUGAUGUUCACGCCCCAAUUCAUCCAGGAACUGGCUACCAAGCUGUUCGACCUGCCGGAUUUCAUGCUGCCGUUCCAGACGAGGACGACGGUGGCCGGGAAGGCCGUGGUGCUGGGGACGCUCAAAAUGAGGGCCAGCUCGACGGUGACUUGCAGCAUCACCACCUACCCUCUCAAGCAGGAGACCAUCUCCGACUGCACGUCCACGGUUAAUGUCGGUUAA